AUUUAACGGACUUAGCAUUGCACAAAUUUAAUUUUGUACACCAUAAUUUGUUUCCAUAUUUUGGAAUAAUGAAUCGAGGUCAAGAGAAAGGAAAUCGCUCUAAGAUGUCAACUUCUAGAAGAAAAAAAACUCAAGCCACUGGAUCAACCAGCAGUAAAAAGAAAGGUAACGGCAAUGAUGUUAUUGAAACUAGCAACAAUUCUUCAGAUAGUGAUGAUGAAAAUUUGGAACAUGGUGCAAUGAGAAAAGUAUCUACUCAUAGGCAACUUAAAAGCAAGGUCAGCGUCAAAGAGGGUUAUUUGAUGCUUCAAAUAUCUUCCUCGUUUCAGAAAUGGAGACGAUAUUAUUUCAAACUGCGACCAAGAAGACUUUUCUUCGCAAAAUCCAAGGAGGCGGAGAUAUUUGACGAAGUUACAUUGGCGGACUGCAGCGUUGCUGAGAGAAGCACAAAGAAUGUUAACUGCAGUUUUUCGAUCAUAACACCGUUCCACAGUCUCAUAGUAUGUGCCGAUUCGAGACGCGAAAUGGAUGAAUGGAUUAGCGCUAUAAAAGCUGUUCAGUGUGGGGAAUUUUACGAGCCUCGACAAUUUUUCAUGGAGAAUUUAUCUGGUGGACAUAACUGGUAUACUUGCACUCAUGCUCGUCCGACGUACUGCAACGUUUGUCGGGAUGUCUUGUCUGGCGUUAUGAAUCACGGACUUUCAUGCGAAGUCUGUAAAUUCAAAGCACACAAGAGGUGUGCUGCAAAAUCAUUGAACAAUUGCAAAUGGGCGACUCUUUCUACUGUUGGUAAAAACAUCAUUGAAGAUGAGGAUGGGGUUUGGAUACCUCACCAAUGGAUGGAAGGGAAUUUACCAGUCAGUGCUAAAUGUGUUAUAUGUGAUAAAACGUGCGGCAGUGUGCUGAGACUACAAGACUGGAGAUGCCUAUGGUGCAGAGCUAUGGUUCACACCAGCUGCAGAUCUCAGCUACCAGCAACUUGUCCUUUGGGACCAUGUAAAAUGUCUGUUGUCCCACCCACAGCUCUCAAUUCAAUUGAUUCUGAUGGUUACUGGCAAGCAAUACCAACUGGCCAGUGUUCCAGUCCAUUGUUGGUCUUUGUCAACUCCAAAAGUGGAGAUAAUCAAGGAGUGAAAUUUCUCCGCAGAUUUCGUCAAUUUUUGAACCCAGCGCAGGUUUUUGAUUUGAUGUGUACCGGACCAAGAGCUGGGUUGAAAAUGUUUCAAAAGUUUGAUACUUUCCGUAUUCUUGUAUGUGGUGGAGAUGGUUCUGUUGGUUGGGUUCUUACAGAAAUGGAUAAGAUGAAUCUCCAUAAAAAGGCACAAGUGGGUGUUCUACCUCUUGGUACAGGCAAUGAUUUGGCUCAAGUGAUGGGGUGGGGAAAUGUGUGUGACGAUGAUACACAAGUACCUGCUAUUCUGGAAAGAUAUGAAAGAGCAAGUGCAAAAUUGCUAGACAGAUGGAGUAUUAUGACUUACGAAGGACCAAUACAUGCAGCAUCUGCUCCAGUUUUAACUACCGUUACUGAUGACACUGUGCAGUCUGAGCCACCUCCUCCAAUGUCAGAUUACGAGCUCACUGUGGCGAACCAUCUCUCAAAAAUCUUGAAUUCGGAUCAAAAUUCUGAAGUUAUCAAAUCUGCAGCUGUUUUGUGUGAAACUAUCAAAGAUUUUGUAUCGAAAGUUGCCUCAGAUGACAACACAAUGACAGAAAAGUGUCAAACCCUAGAUGAAAAAUUGAAUUCACUUCUAACGACACUCAAUGAGGAAUCAAAAGCGGCUGAAGAUGAACAGAAGAGGGUCUUGCGUAGAAAGUUACGCAAAACUACGUUAAACAAGAAAGAAUCAAUAAAAGAAGAAGAUGAAAAUGCGAUAGAUGAAAAGACUGAAAUACCAUUGGCAACACUCAACGAAGAAACCUCUGUCGAAAGUCAAACAAAACAACCACCUCUAUCCACUGACCAAACAGCCUCGGCUGUCGUUACCAAAGUUAAAAUUGACACCAAUUUCAAUGGCAAUAGAACAAGUGCCACGGCUUCUUCAGGUGCCACGGCACCUAAUCCUACCAGAGAUGAUUCACCUUCUAAUAGCAGUUCGGAUUCCUCCAGUGGAAAAACUGACGAAUCUAUGGAAAUGAAAAACAUACCAAAGACUUCUGGAACUUUCCGAUCAAGGGAACAACUCAUGUUAAGAGCAAAUAGUUUGAAAAAAGCAGUUCGACAAAUUAUCGAGCACACUGAAAAAGCUGUCGAUGAACAAAAUGAGCAAACACUGCAAAACAAGUUACCUACUCAACAUGAAGAAGAUGAGACGAUGUCCAACAGAUCACCACUAUCUUCAACGACUUCGAACAAGAGUGAAAACCAACAACAGACCAACAACUUAUUAUCUAUACCAGAACCAGGAAACCGACCGCUGUUCAGACUUUCCGUUGGAUCCACUGGAUCAAUCCCAGAUGAAAUAAGUGCCUCAUCGUCAGUGCCAUCUACCUUGAGUACACUGGAUAUUUCAACUUCAGAUCAACAAUUUCCUAGGCUUUCGCCAAAAGUUAAAGUAAAAGGUAUUAAUGGGGAAGGCAACAAAAAAAGUGAACGUAGGGUUUCAAAAAGUUACGAAGAGACUGGAUGUUCACAUGUUAACCCAGAUUUUAGUUCAAGAGGAUCCUUCAUAAACAGGGUAUUAUUGGCAAAUGCUGAUGCAUUGUGCGCUGCCGCAAGUCCGCUGAUCAACUUUGGAUCUCCAAUAAUGAACGAACUCUUCUCAGAAAAAUGUGUGAUGAACAAUUACUUUGGUAUCGGUCUGGAUGCUAAGAUUGCUUUGGAUUUUCAUAGAAAGAGAGAAGAGCAUCCUAAAAAGUGCAGUCGAACGAAAAAUAUGGUUUGGUUUGGCAUGCUUGGAGUCAAAGAAAUUGCAUUGAAAACAUACAAGAACUUGGAACAGAGAAUCAGAUUAGAAUGUGACGGACAAUUCAUUCCUCUACCUCGCCUAAGGGGCAUCGUGGUCCUCAACAUACCAUCGUUCAUGGGAGGUACAAAUUUCUGGGGAGGGAAAACUGGAAAUCAGACCUUUAUGGCUCCAUCAUACAAUGAUAAAGUAUUAGAAGUAGUUGCAGUGUUUGGUACAAUGCAACUUGGAAUGGCUAUGGUCGUACCUGAAGGUGUUCUACAACAUCACAGGAUAGCACAAUGCAGAAGAGUCAAGAUUACUAUUUUAGGUGAUGAAGGAAUGCCAUUGCAAGUUGAUGGUGAAGCGUGGCUGCAACCACCAGGCGUCAUCAAAAUAGAACAUAAGAAUAGAGCUCAAAUGUUAUCUCGUGAUAGACACUUUGAAGAAACUUUAAAAUCUUGGGAAGAUAAGCAACAAAGAUACGUCGACAGAAAUCUAUCUGCUGAAUAUUUAUCUGAAAAUGAAUUUGAAAUUGUCGGAGAAUUUGCAGAAACUGUUACUGCUAUUGCAGAAAAUAUCAAUACCACUGUAAAAGGAGUUAGCUGGCUGGCAGAAGAAUUACUGUCGUACGUCAUUACAAUUCAACGCAUCAGUUGCAAAAUGCGACCUUGUGGUCGUCUUACCGAAGUUACUUCUCGCAGUCAUGUAACUGAUUUGGUUCUAGCUGUCGGGGAAUUAUCGGGAGCUCUGGCGAAGUUAUUCGAGUCUAAACCUGAGGAACUUGGAGAUCUCGGUUCUAAAUUUGUGCAAUGGCUUGAUUGGUUAGAAAUCGAAAUGAAAAAAAUAAAUGAACUGAGAUGGAUUUCACUCAUGUUAAAUCAACAACAAUCAUCAUUAGAUGAGCCUAUCAAUUCUGCACUCUGGCAGAAAAAUAGAAGUAAAUUUCGUUUGGUUCCUUUCCUGAAAAAAUCACAGAAGAAAGAACAGAAGACUGUAAAUCUGGACAUCAAUGUCAACAAUUGGACAUUGGAUGAAGUUAGUCAGUGGUUGGAUACUCUUCAGUUUAGUGAAUAUCGUGAUAUAUUUAUCAGGCAUGAUAUUCGGGGAGAAGAAUUACUUAAACUUGAAGGCGGAGAUCUUAAGGGAAUGGGAAUAACUAAGGUCGGACAUGUCAAAAGAAUACAAACUGGGAUCAAAGAUUUGCAAAAAGCAAUGAAUCAAUUCAACUGUUAACUACAAAUGCAAUUCUACGGAAAAAACUCAGUGAUGGAAAAGGUGUAAGAAUAUUGCAUACUGCUACAGGUUAUAUAACUGCUGCAUGAAAUAUUAUGUAUUGUCAGAUACAGUUUAUACCUUCAGAAAUUUGUAUGAAAACCUGCUUUGGCAAUGCCAAACAAAGAAAAAAAUUGUUUUGUAAGGGUGGGAUUACUGAAACUUUUGGGUACAAUCAUAUACAGAAAUUCAAAUGUUAAAUAAAUUUUCUUCAUUUUCAUAAAAGUGAAUAAGAAUUUUGUGAGUUCUGGGCUGGGGCUGUCACGCUGUAGAUCCAUAUUUUGCUAUUAAUACAUUUUUUUCCAAAAAUGAGUCUUCUUUGCCUGACCUUGCUUGAACAAUUCUUCCAUAGAAAAAUUAAUUUUGAUUCAACAGUAUAAAAAUUAUUUUAUCUGUAUUCAAUUAACAGUUUGCGAGUUGUAAACUCUUAUAUGAAGCAACAGUUUAUUAAAUUUCUUCCGGUUUGUGCAUUGACAUAAUAUUUCACAUUCUUCAAGAUCUCUCAUUCAAGUCUUGCAUUUUCCCAAUAUCGUUUUCUGGUUUGGUCUUCGCAAAUCGUUUCCAUUAUGUGCCUUAUGAGAUUUUGUUUUCUUAUUGUCCAGAAGGCUAAUCAACAUGAGAUUUUGAGCCAUUCCUUGGUGUACUUGUAUUUUUGUUUGUCAUUAUUGUUUCAUUGUCCGCUGACAAACACACUUUUUUGUUGUUGAAAAAUCGAUGCUCGUAAAACACACAAAUAGGUGCUAUUCAUUUAAUAUUGGAAAUGUAUAAAGCGUGAGAUUAAAAAUACAAAGAAAUUUAUAUAUCACACAAAAAUAUAUAUAUAUUCACUUGGAAAUAUUAUGUUAUUCUUUACAAUUUAAAAAGAGUUUUUGCCUAUGUGUCAAGCACUUCUUGUUUUGAUUGCAUUAUAGCUUAUGGUGUUUAAUCACAGUUGAUUUUGAUAUUUUCUCAAUUAAAUAGGAAUCAUGAAUGGUUUGAAAAUUAUUUUGUGUUUUUUCUACCUUUGACCAAAUUUAUAUCUGUUUCAACACCUUUUAUUAUGUUGUUUGAGCUGUUUUUUCUUUAUUUUGCUAGAGAUUGUAUUGAAAGUUUAGUAAUCAUGUAGCCUAUAUGUAUUGCAUUUUAAAUAUAUUGCGCUUUUUCAUAAAUGUUGUGUGUUGCUCUCUACAAUUGCAGUUUUGAUUUUUUUUUUUUGGUAUCAAAUCAGAUGUUUCCACCUGACAAAAAUCAUAUGCUGAAUCGUGCAUUUUUCGUAGUCUCUAUUUUGUCAUUUGCAUUGCUCCAUAGCUUAAAACAUACAUGAUUUGAAUGAAACCUGAAAUGGUUGAAAAAGGAUGCAGAUUGUUGAAAACUAUGACAGGGUUGCUCAAACAAUGGAAUAUUCAAAUACAUUCAAAAUUGUCUAUUUUGGAGAUUUUUGAACUCUUGGAAUAUUUCAACCUCUCUCAUAUUGUAUUCCUGUCCAUAUAAAAUGAAUUGUGCAAAUUUCUUUGUUGAAUGGUGGCAUACUAAGAUUAUAUUUGCAUAUUGUUGGAUUUGGCAAUCCUGUGUAAUGCAGAAAUUGUUUUUUACAUACGAAACAUUGAAUGAUUGUCCUUUGUAUGCAUUGUCCUGACUUAUUUUCGAUUAAUCUGUCGCGAAUGAAGAAAAACAAAACUGAUUCUGUUAUCGCUCUGAUUAUGUUAUACCUCAUAUUCGUUUGUUAACUUGAUUAUAAAUAGGGUUGAUAAGUCAGCUUAUAAAACACUAUAAGAAAAUACUUACAGUAAGCAAUAGUAAUUUUUGCUGUUGCCAUUUUCUUCAAUAAUGCAUUUCUUUUUCAAUUUAUCUAUUCUGUUUUGCCCAUAAAAUUUAUACCAGUUUAUUGCAAUGUUGAAAUACAUCUGUCUUGAAUGUUGCC